AUGAGGCUAGUAGAGCUGGGUGUGUCUGGGUUCCUCAACAUGAGGCUAGUAGAGCUGGGUGACUAUGGGUUCCUCAACAUGAGGCUAGUAGAGCUGGGUGUGUCUGGGUUCCUCAACAUGAGGCUAGUAGAGCUGGGUGUGUCUGGGUUCCUCAACAUGAGGCUAGUAGAGCUGGGUGUGUCUGGGUUCCUCAACAUGAGGCUAGUAGAGCUGGGUGAGUAUGGGUUCCUCAACAUGAGGCUAGUAGAGCUGGGAGACUAUGGGUUCCUCAACAUGAGGCUAGUAGAGCUGGGUGUGUCUGGGUUCCUCAACAUGAGGCUAGUAGAGCUGGGUGACUAUGGGUUCCUCAACAUGAGGCUAGUAGAGCUGGGUGUGUCUGGGUUCCUCAACAUGAGGCUAGUAGAGCUGGGUGACUAUGGGUUCCUCAACAUGAGGCUAGUAGAGCUGGGUGUGUCUGGGUUCCUCAACAUGAGGCUAGUAGAGCUGGGUGUGUCUGGGUUCCUCAACAUGAGGCUAGUAGAGCUGGGUGACUAUGGGUUCCUCAACAUGAGGCUAGUAGAGCUGGGUGACUAUGGGUUCCUCAACAUGAGGCUAGUAGAGCUGGGGUGUGUCUGGGUUCCUCAACAUGAGGCUAGUAGAGCUGGGUGACUAUGGGUUCCUCAACAUGAGGCUAGUAGAGCUGGGUGACUAUGGGUUCCUCAACAUGAGGCUAGUAGAGCUGGGUGUGUCUGGGUUCCUCAACAUGAGGCUAGUAGAGCUGGGUGACUAUGGGUUCCUCAACAUGAGGCUAGUAGAGCUGGGUGUGUAUGGGUUCCUCAACAUGAGGCUAGUAGAGCUGGGUGUGUCUGGGUUCCUCAACAUGAGGCUAGUAAAGCUGGGUGUGUCUGGGUUCCUCAACAUGAGGCUAGUAGAGCUGGGUCACUAUGGGUUCCUCAACAUGAGGCUAGUAGAGCUGGGUGACUAUGGGUUCCUCGACAUGAGGCUAGUAGAGCUGGGUGACUAUGGGUUCCUCGACAUGAGGCUAGUAGAGCUGGGAGACUAUGGGUUCCUCAACAUGAGGCUAGUAGAGCUGGGUGACUAUGGGUUCCUCGACAUGAGGAUUUGGUAUUUGGUAUUUGGUAUUUUAUUAGGAUCGUAGAGGGAACAGAGCAUGGAUUGUGGACCAGUAGCCAGGUUCAGUUGGACAUAAUGUCCUGGUGCUAUUGGUUGGUUGGCUGGUAGGUUGGCUGGUUGGUUGGCUGGCUGGAUGGUUGGCUGGUUAGUUGGCCAGUAGGUGGUUGGUUGGUUGGCUGGCUGAUUGGCUGGUUGGUUGGCUGGUUGGCUGGUUGGCUGUUUAGAUGGCUGGUUGGGACUGUUUGGGGUUAUUCAGCCAGAACGUAAUUUCUGGACUGAUUGGUUAUAAAACCUCCCAACUCAGUGAACUGAAAUCCCACAAACAAACUGGCUGUCCUCCAGUUCUACUGACAAAGGACUGAAUGCUGGACUCUCUCUCUCUCUCUCUCUCUCAAAAACACACACACACACACUGACAAAAGGCUUAGUGCUGGAGUUACCCACUCACAGACACAUACACACACACACACACACACACACACAGUCUCUCUCCCUCUCAUUCUGAAACACACUCACACACUCUCUCUCUCUUUUAACCACACAGACUGUCAGUACACGCUGUUCUGUGCUAGUGUAGCUGUGUUUGUGUGAGACUGUGUAAGUGUAUCAAUUUCUCUCUGUGUAUGUGUGUGCUUUAGACUGUGUAGGCUUACCUAUGUGUGUUUAAAAGGUGUGGGCAGCUACUGUAAAGUACCCCACCUAGCCAUAUGGCCAGAUAUCCGUGAAGGAAAUGUUCUAACCUCUAUCAAAUACAACUCUUUCUCUCUCUCUCUUUCACACACACAUACAGACACACACACACACCUUUUUAUCAAACACAGCAUGAUACUGUCUGAUAAUACUUAUUAUGAUGGACCACAAAAUAUACACACAGCAAGCCACAUCAGCUUUCUCUCUACCACCCUCUUCAAUUUCCCUCUUGCUUUCUGCAAAUAAUGAAACUUUUACUAUGUUUAUUCAAAUAUUAUGAAUGGAGUUCUGGGCUGUUGUGACCACCACAUGUUGAGACACUGUGUUUUUCUAAUGCAAAUGCAACUAAGCUAAUGAACCGGCCCACACACACUGCUCCUGUCCGAACCGAUUAUUGAUUAUUAUUAAGGCUAUGCUGAAUCGUCCUAGAAAAUAAAGAGCAAGAGGCGCGUAAACAUAUGCGUAGGCUACGUGUUUACAACAUCCCAUUAUAUGUUGUAAACUUCGUAUAAAACUCUAAUAGCCUACACCUUUCUCGAAUGCUAUUUAUUUUGUGCUCCAUUUCGUGUUUUGCAUCCUGCCUGGAAAAGAAGGCGUAUUCGCGUUUACACAGCAGUCUACCGUGUCUCGUCAACCUCACCAAGUUCCACCACUCCGCUUGGACUUUUCAGACACCAAAACUUCUCCCGGAGAAAAUAUCCACCAAUACUGGACAUCAUUGACGUAGGUAUGAACUGUUAUUUGUCUUUUUCCCCCAGCGUGUUUGAAAACUUUAACAGUUUCAUUCCAGUUUAUGAGCAAGUUGGGACAGGUGCGCCUUCUCUCGCACUGUGUGUGUUAUGUGUAUUGUGCAUGUUUGCUUUUAGAAGGUGUGUACCGAGGUCACAGGUGCCUAACAGACUUUUCACUAACAAGUUAAAACAGGCUGUUGGGGAACUGUUGUAGUGGGGAAAGCUCGCGCGCCGCGGAUGUUGCGCUUUGUAUCCUGAUUGCAAAACAAACUUUAAAAACACACGGAAGGUCUGAGCGCAUGCACAAACUGCACAGGUGAGACCACCGUUUACAUGUGGUCAGACCAUACACACACACACUAUAGAGAUUAUACAAUAGCCUCAUUUUAGGAGGAAGUAGCAACUGAUAAACUAAGUAAACCGAUCCCUGUGUCAGGCAGUCUGUCAUACUAGUACUACUGUACUUUACAAUGUCAUCUCUCUCUCUCUCAGGGUGAUGGAGGGAGAAGGGGAGUUGUUGGACCUAAGUCACCUGUCAGAGGCAGAGCAGGCUUCCAUAUUGGAAGUGUUGCUAAGGGACUCUGAGCUGCGUUCCCGUGAUGAAGGUCGUUUAAGGUCAGAGGUGAUUAUUAUUUAACCCUUUAGGUCCCAUAUGGGCAUCAAGUUGACUGAUUGAUUGAAGUUUUUCCAAAUAUAGAGGGCUGUCAAACCCAGGGGCUGUUAAUGUUAUCCACAGAGGGCCGGUGUGGGUGCAAGUUGGUUUUUUCCCCCCUGCACUUACACACCUGAUUCAUAUAACUAAAACAUUACAUUGUUUUAUUUGACAUUUUAGUAAUUUAUCAGACCGAUUUUUCUAAACUGACUUUCAGUCAGUGCAUUCAACUAAGUUUAGUUGUGAAAACAAUCACAUGACUGUCAUUGCAAGUAACCCUCAUUAAUAAGUGGUAAUAUAAAUGAUAUUAUAAACUGGGUGGUUCGAGCCCUGAAUGCUGAUGGGCUGACAGCCGUGGUAUAUCAGACCGUAUGCCACGGGUAUGACAUUUAUUUUUACUGCUCUAAUUACGUUGGUAACCAGUUUAUAAUAGCAAUAAGGCACCUCAUGGGUUUGUGGUAUAUGACCAAUAUACCAUGGCUAAGGGCUGUAUCCAGGCACUCCGCGUUGCAUUGUGCGUAAGAACAGCCCUUAGCCGUGGUAUAUUGGCCAUAUACCAUACCCCCUUGGGCCUUAUUGCUUAAAUAUAGUGAACAUGAUGUUUAAACCUCAGGGCCCUGCAGCAGAAAGAGGCGGACCCGGUGCGUUUGAGGUCACUGUCGGGCGCGUGGUUUAAUGAGGAGAGAAGCAAAUGCCACCGAGGCACGAAGGAUGGCGUUGACAUCGUACAGGCCUCUAUACGACGCAGGAAGCCAAGAUCAGGUCAGACUACACACACAUACCAAUAAUAGCCAAGAAGCAGGACAUUGGUAUAGAUUGAUUGAUUAAUUAAUUGAUUUAUUGAUUGACAGAUUUGCCUCUGAGUGGGGUGUUUAACGGGCAGACAGAAGAUGCUCCUCCCACUAACAAAGACCCAACUUCUCAGAUAGAUGACAAGAAAGAGGAGGAUGACACGAGAAGGUAAAGGCAGUUGGUAGAGCAUGGCGUUUGCAACGCCAGGGUUGUGGGUUCGAUUCCCAUGGGGGGCCAGUAUGAAAAAUGUAUGCACUCACUAACUGUAAGUCGCUCUGGAUAAGAGCGUCUGCUAAAUGACUAAAAUGUAUAAUAAAGAGGGGUUGGAUUGUGCUGUUAUAUUUGUUUGUGUGUGUUUUUACACAGCCACCCCAAUCCGAUGUAUUGAAAUAUCUGAUACAUAUCUGAUCUUUUGCCCAAUGUGUAAACAGCAAAAAGCACACAGAAUCUGAUCUUUUGAGUUCUGAGUCUUACCACAUUUGUUACCAUGACAACCAUCCAAAAUGUAAGAAACAGGAGCAUUGCGUCUGUGCUAUUUGAGAGGCUACAUCAGUGUGAAUGUGCAAAUCUGAUAUGGUUCACAUGUAGAACUGAGUGUGGACAUUCAGACAAAAAGAUCAGAUAUGGAGAAAAAAAAUCUGAAUGGUGUUCUUAGAAUGACUGUAUAAACAUACCCUUAGUGCUUAAAGAAGUGCGUGUAUGGUUGAAUAAGUACUUGUAUGUACAGUUUUAAUGUAUGUAGUUUUAAACAUCUCAGUUACAGGAGUCAAAAUCGUCACACACCUACACCCAGAACCAGGAGCCCAAACACACAGGUUAGUCAUGUCAGUGUGUGUGUGUAGGAGGAGGAUUGUCUGUCUAGUUGUGGAGAGGUAAUCUCUUCCUCUCUUUCCUUCCAGAGUCUCCAGGACAGCAACAGCAUCUCAUCUUCAGGUACACAUUCCUCCCUGUCUCUCUCUUCAUCCCCCCCCCCCCUUAAUUUCUCACCCCCUCCUCCACCGCACUCUCCCUCUCUCAUUCUGUCUGAUUAAUGUGUUUGUGUCUGCACCUUCCAGAGUAUUACAGCAGGAGGAAUGGACACAGAGAGGAAACACUGCAGGUACAGUCUACAGACACUCACCAAUAUCCUUGUUUGGGGAUAAUAACGUUUUAUCCUACUAUUGCCUCUUUCUGUUCUAGAAACCUGCUGACUGUGUGUGUGUUCCCAUCUGUGUGUGUGUAGGACUCAGAAGGAGACAGAAACUCUGUGUCCAGUGGUGUGACAGAUGCUGAUCCGAUGCCUCUAAGGCCUGGGAGCUCAAUCAGCAGUCUACAUUCUAACUACACAGUGAGACACAUACACACACACACACACACACACACACACACACACACAUUAUAUACAUACAUACACUACCGUUCAAAAGUUUGGGGUCACUUAGACAUUUCCUUGUUUUCGAAAGAAAAGCAAAUUUUUUGUCCAUUAAAAUAACAUCAAAUUGAUCAGAAAUACAGUGUAGACAUUGUUAAUGUUGUAAAUGGCUAUUGUAGCUGGAAACGUCAGAUUUUUAAUGGAAUAUCUACAUAGGCGUACGGAGGCCCAUUUAUCGGCAACCAUCAGUCCUGUGUUCCAAUGGCACGUUGUGUUUGCUAAUCCAAGUUUAUCAUUUUAAAAGGCUAAUUGAUCAUUAGAAAACCAUUUUGCAAUUAUGUUAGCACAGCUGGAAACUGUUGUGCUGAUUUUAAAGAAGCAAUAAAACUGGCCUUCUUGAGACUAGUUGAGUAUCUGGAGCAUCAGCAAUUGUGGGUUCGAUUACAGGCACAAAAUGGCCAGAAACAAAUAACUUUCUUCUGAAACUUGUCAGUCUAUUCUUGUUCUGAGAAAUGAAGGCUAUUCCAUACGAGAAAUUGCCAAGAAACUGAAGAUCUCGUACAACGCUGUGUACUACUCCCUUCACAGAACAACGCAAACUGGCUCUAACCAGAAUAGAAAGAGGAGUGGGAGGCCCCGGUGCACAACUGAGCAAGAGGACAAAUACAUUAGUGUCUAGUUUGAGAAACAGGCGCCUCACAGGUCCUCAACUGGCAGCUUCAUUAUAUAGUACCCGCAAAACACCAGUCUCAACGUCAACAGUGAAGAAGCGACUCCAGGAUGCUGACCUUUUAGGCAGAGUUGCAAAGAAAAAGCCAUAUCUCAGACUGCCCAUCUUAAUCUUUUCGUGGUAUUGGCCAGUCUGAGAUAUGGCUUUUUCUUUGCAACUCUGCCUAGAAGGUCAGCAUCCUGGACAAAAAAAUUGCUUUUCUUUAGAAAACAAGGACAUUUCUAAGUGACCCCAAACUUUUGAACAGUAGUGUACAUACACACAAAACACUGACGUUUUUUUUUGUGUGUGUGUAUAUAGUUGAGUGGCAGUAUGAUGAGUCUGUUCAGUUCGGGGGAGUUCGGAGCAGUGGAGGUGAAAGGGCGUGUCCUAUUCUCAUUGGAAUAUGACACUCAGAGGGAAGAGCUACAGAUCAGAGUGUGUCGCUGUGAAGACCUGGCCGCCGCACGCAAGAACCACUCCGACCCGUAAGUAAAGUAGGGUUGCUAUUUCGAGGAUGCUUACAGGCAUCAUUGAUGUGAACUAUCCCUUUGAGAAGCACUUGUUUUGUGUUAAGAAGUGUGUGUGUGUUGUAGGUAUGUGAAGGCAUAUCUCCUGCCUGAUAAGUCAUCUCACAGUAAGAAGAAAACAUCAGUGAAGAAAAAGACUCUCAACCCAGUCUUUGACCAGACACUGAAAGUGAGAGCACACACAUACACACACACACAUACACUGUCUCUCUCUUUCUCGAUUCCUUUCCCUCAGCAUCUGUCGUGUGUCUCCUCUCUCUGUCUACUUGCCGGUCUGUCUGUCUCUCUCUGUCUUUCUGAUGUACAUGUGAAUGUAUUUAUCACUUGUGUGUCUCUCAGUAUAAUUGUGUGUGUUUCAGUAUAAGAUCAGUGUGUCAGAGGUGCGUGGCAGGACUCUGAACCUGUCUGUGUGGCACGCUGCCCCCCUGGGCAGAAACCUGUUCCUAGGAGAGGUGGAGCUUGAGCUGGCUCACUGGGACUGGACACACACGCGUUCUGACUGGUACCAGCUACAGACACGGGUAGGACACCCCCCCCCCCCCCCAACACACACACACAGCAUGCAGUAAGUCCUACAUUGUAUAUGGUCUUAACUGGCAAGGAGGAGAGAAGAUGCUGAGAAUUUCAACUAACUCUUAUGUAACCCUUCUAACCUAAUCUCUCCUCUCUUCAAUCUCUCUCUCCUCUCUUUUUCUCUGUUCUCUCUCUCUCAGGUCCAGUGUAGUCCAGAGUCUAUCAGUAGUCGAGGAAACAUCCUGCUCUCUAUCAAGUUCACCCCAGCAAGAUCUGAGGGUGAGCUGAGCUCACUACGCUCGUCACACAUGGCACUUUUUCUUUCUCUCAUACUCUGUCUGAAUUUACUCUGAACUUAUUCUGUGUGUGUGUGUGUGUAGGUGGAGGUCUACCUCUAACAGGGGAGCUACACAUCUGGCUGCGGGAAGCGCAGGGUCUUCUCUCCACCAAAGGGGGCACCGUCGACUCCUUCGUCAAAAGGUGAGUUAGGGGUUAGAGGUCAGGAGUAGGAAGAAAACCUGCAGUGUGGCUGAUCUCAAGGUCUGGAUUUGAGGAACGGGGGUCUAGAGUUAGUGGGAUAAGACUGUUUACAGUAUAGCGGAAUGUGUAUAAUAACUGUUCUUUAACCCUACUUUGACUUUAAUCCAAGCUACGUGCUGCCGGACACCAGCCGGUUGAGUGGUCAGAAGACCCGCGUAGUUAAGCGGUCGGUCAGUCCGACCUACAACCACACCAUGGUUUACGACGGGUUCCAGCCUGCUGACCUGCGAGAGGCCUGCGCCGAGCUGACCGUCUGGCACCGUGAAGGGUUAAAAACACAUCUGCUGGGAGGGGUCAGACUCAGCCGUGGGACUGGUGAGAUAUAUAUAUAUACACACACACACACACACACACACACACACAUACAAAUAGAUAGAUACGCACUGUGUAUGCACAGAUGACAUUGUAACAAGGUUUGUGUUACAGGUCUGAGCUAUGGAGUGGCAGUGUGUUGGAUGGAUUCAACAGAGGAAGAAGCCACUGUGUGGAACUCCAUGAUCCUGAACCCCAACCACUGGAUGGAUACUACACUACCUAUCAGAACUAACCUGGCUGACCGCCCAGAAUAACACAGACACACACACACACACA